GGGGUCAGGGGUGAACCUCAGCGCGAGAGAAGAUGGCGGCCUCCACGAGGAAGGUGUUCCAGCUGUUUGUCACAAAGAUACCGUGGACUGUCGCGAGCAGGGAAAUGAGGGAGUAUUUUGGCCAGUUCGGACCUGUAAGAAGCUGCAUCCUUCCUUUUGACAGAGAGACGGGCUUUCACAAAGGCUUUUGCUGGAUUGGAUUUAACAGUGAGGAGGGGCUGCUCAACGCACUACAGAAAGACUCUCACAUUAUAGAGGGGACAAAGCUUAAUGUAGCCAGAAAUAAAGACCCUGUGCCCCGAAGACUCACGAAAGAGGCAGAAGAGAGCUGAAUGAUGAGUACAAUUGUGAUGUCUAGCUAUUCAGUGUGAGAUUGAUUUAUUUAAAAAAGUAUGUCAUGUAAACACCCAUGGAAUAUAAAGUGAAAUAAACAAAAAUAAGGCCAAUUCUUAAGAUGAAUGGCAUCUUUUAUUACAAGUAAGGUGAAUAAAAAACUCUUGUCCCUUU